AUAAUUAAACUCGAGGCCCAGUUAUGACGAGAAAAAAAAGAGAAUUUGUGGAGACGAAAGAGGAGCGAAUGGUGAUGACGAUUGGAGAAAUAAUCCAGGAAUUGCUAGUUGCGCACAACGAGCACCGAGACGUCGACUUGAACAAAUUAAAAACGAGAAUAUCAUCGAAAUACGGAUUGUCGUCAUCGCCAAGGCUCGUUGACAUCAUAGCAGCAGUUCCCAUCGAUGCCAAGAGCAAAUUGCUGCCAAAGUUGAAAGCUAAACCAAUCAGAACAGCCAGUGGAAUAGCAGUGGUUGCAGUGAUGUGCAAGCCUCACAGAUGCCCUCACAUCAACAUGACAGGAAACAUCUGUGUCUACUGUCCUGGAGGUCCUGAUUCAGACUUCGAGUAUUCAACCCAAUCCUAUACGGGAUAUGAGCCCACGUCCAUGAGAGCCAUCAGAGCUCGUUACGACCCUUUCCUCCAGACUAGACAUCGUGUUGAUCAACUGAAACAACUGGGCCACAGUGUCGACAAGAUUGAAUUCAUAGUGAUGGGAGGGACAUUCAUGUCUCUCCCAGAGGACUACAGGGAUUACUUCAUCAGGAAUCUACAUGACGCCCUCUCAGGCCACCUGAGCCACGACGUGGACGAGGCAGUGCGUUUCUCAGAGCGCAGCAAGACAAAAUGCAUUGGGAUAACCAUAGAAACACGUCCUGACUAUUGCCUGAAGAAGCACCUGUCGGACAUGCUGAGGUAUGGCUGUACAAGAUUGGAAAUUGGUGUUCAGUCGGUGUACGAGGAUGUGGCGAGGGACACGAAUAGGGGUCACACUGUCAGGGCUGUAUGCGAGAGUUUUCAGCUGUCGAAGGACGCAGGUUUCAAAGUUAUCGCCCACAUGAUGCCUGAUCUUCCUAACGUGGACAUCGAGAGAGACAUCGAGCAGUUCAUGGAGUUCUUCGAGAAUCCAGCGUUCAGGGCUGACGGUUUGAAGAUCUAUCCGACACUCGUUAUCAGGGGAACUGGACUCUAUGAGCUAUGGAAGACAGGAAGAUACAAGAGCUAUCCCCCCAGCACUCUGGUUGAUUUAAUUGCUAGGAUUCUAGCCCUCAUUCCACCCUGGACGAGGGUCUAUCGAGUGCAGAGAGAUAUUCCAAUGCCUCUGGUGAGCUCUGGGGUUGAACAUGGAAAUCUCAGAGAGCUUGCUCUCGCCAGGAUGAAGGAUUUUGGCACAGACUGCAGGGAUGUCAGGACCAGGGAGGUUGGCAUCCAGGAGAUUCAUAAUAAAGUUCAGCCGCACGAGGUGGAGCUCAUCAGGAGGGACUAUGUGGCUAAUAAUGGGUGGGAGACUUUUUUGUCUUAUGAGGAUCCAACUCAGGAUAUUCUUGUGGGACUUCUCAGGCUCAGGAUGUGCUCCAGUGAUACUUUUAGGAGUGAACUCAAGGGUCGAUGCUCUAUUGUCAGGGAGUUGCAUGUUUAUGGCAGUGUUGUGCCAGUUAAUGCCAGGGAUCCAACGAAAUUUCAACAUCAGGGAUUCGGAAUGCUGCUGAUGGAAGAGGCUGAGAGAAUCGCCAGGGAAGAACAUGGAUCUGUUAAAAUUGCAGUUAUUUCUGGAGUUGGAACGAGAAAUUAUUACAGAAAAAUGGGAUACGAGUUGGAUGGGCCUUACAUGUCGAAGACGCUGGUGAACAAAUGAUUGAGUAAAUUGAAUUUUGUAAGAAAUAGAUAAUAAAAUAAUCGUUUUGCCUUACCAUUUACUA